GCACGGUGCAGCAGGGAACUUGCGCAGUUGAGACUACGAGGAGUGGAUUUUUUUUGCUUUCGGCGAGAGAAAGCUCGGAGCCCGGGCUGGACAGAUAGCAGGGUCGGGGAUGUUUUGGGCUAAAAACAAAGGGAUUUUUUUAAAAGAGGGAAAUAAAGCUGGGGGAAAAAGCUGCUACCUUGUCUUCUGCGCAGUCUCACACUAACCCUAAAGUCAUUCUGUGAGCACUCACCGGAAGUUCAGUUCCCUGCCAUGGCUGGGAAAGAAGAGAAAUGAUCGGUCUUCAGGGUGGAUGAAGAUAUUACACCAAAAAAAGAGGAGCAACAACACAAAAGAGAGAGAGAAAGGCAUCGUUUUGGUUCAGUCCUUCCCUGGGCGGCGGCGCUGAUGAUGAGGAUGAGAACGAACUUUGUGGUUUUCCGAUGGAAAUGGAAAGCUUGAGGCACUGACAGAAGGAGGAGGGAGGAGAGGGGGGGGGUUGAAAUUGAGCACUGCCCGCCGCCACCUCGAUGGCGAACGCCAGUGAGCUCGAAGAGACCAACAGUUCUCUUCAGAAUUACGCCAUCACCGCCUCCGCUGUCAAACUGGCUUCUCUGGGAUUGAUCAUCUGCAUCAGCCUGACUGGGAACCUGCUGCUCUCUUUCCUCAUCUUCAAAGAGCCGAGCUUGCACCGGGCUCCCUACUACUUCCUGCUGGACCUGUGCCUGGCUGACAUUGUCCGCUCGCUGCUCUGCUUCCCGUUCGUCAUGAUCUCCAUCAGCAGCGGCUCGGCCUGGACCUACAGCUUGCUCAGCUGCAAGAUCAUCGCGUUCGCCGCCGUGCUCUUCUGCUUCCACGCCGCCUUCAUGAUGUUCUGCAUCAGCAUCACCCGCUACAUGGCGAUCGCCCACCACCGCUUUUACUCCAAGCGGAUGAGCGUGUGGACUUGCGUGGCGGUCAUCUGCAUGGUGUGGACCCUGUCGGUGGCCAUGGCCUUCCCGCCCGUCUUCGACGUGGGCACCUACAAAUUCAUCCGGGAGGAGGAGCAGUGCAUCUUCGAGCACCGCUACGUGAAGGCGAACGACACCCUGGGCUUCAUGCUGAUGCUGGCGGUUAUCAUCGCCGCCACCCAUCUGGUCUACGUCAAGCUCAUCUUCUUCGUCUACGACCACCGCAAGAUGAAACCGGCGCAGCUCGUCCCCGCCAUCAGCCAGAACUGGACGUUUCACGGCCCCGGGGCGACCGGCCAAGCGGCUGCCAACUGGAUCGCCGGCUUCGGCAGAGGGCCGACCCCCCCUACCCUGGUGGGCAUCAGGCAGACCGCGCACAACCAGAACAAGAGACUGCUCGUCUUAGACGAAUUCAAAAUGGAAAAGAGGAUAGGCAGGAUGUUCUACAUCAUCACCGUCCUCUUUCUGCUGCUCUGGUCCCCCUACAUUGUCGCCUGCUACCUGCGGGUCUUUGUCAAGGCUAGUACCAUCCCACAGGUCUACCUGACCGCUGCAGUGUGGAUGACAUUCGCCCAAGCGGGGGUCAACCCUAUCUUAUGCUUUAUCUUCAACAAAGAGCUGAGGAUUUGCUUCAGAACCCACUUCCCCUGUUUUCAAAGCACACAGACGCCUAGGGAAGCUUACUGCGUUAUUUAAAGACAUUGGAAGAGCAGGGACCCAUCCCCCUUUCUUCCCACAGCUUGAAAACCCACGCACUGCGCACAACACACGAAAAUCCAAUUUAAUCUUAAUAAUGUUCAUGCAGUCAUUUGGUGGAUUAACCUUAAUCACAGGACAGUCACGUCCAGUGGUUUCUGUUUACAUUGAAGAGAAGGGAGACGCUGAGUGGAGUGUCAAAUUUAACCUCUCUGGAAUACGAAUUUAUCGAGGCAACUUGUUGGGAUCUCGAACAUCAUCUCCACGUUGGCCCAGAUUUGAUAGAAGUAUUACCGAGUGCUCGAAAACAUAUUGAUCAGGGAAUUUAAACACGAAUAAGCACUUUCCCCAACCUCAGAAUGUCGUUUUACACCAAACGAUUUUAAUGUUUGUGCGCUAGCUGCGCUGCCCUAUAAACUCGGCAGAUUAUUCACGAAUAUCCAGAAGACCAAAUGGAACUGGAAUGUAAAAAAAUGUAAAAAAAAAAUUCGGUGACGCAUUUUCCCCUCUCCAGUUAAGAACUUUGUCUGAUAUACUUUCCCUUUUGAUAUUUUCUUAGCUUGUUUAUCUGCGUUGUAAUAUAUUGGGAAAAAUGUUUUGACCUUUAAACGUUACUUUUUGCAAUUUCAUAUCUUAAUGUGCGUUUUACAAACUGUCUUUGAAAAACAGAUGUCAAUUUUACAUUACUUUCUCUAGCUGAAUGUAAAUAACAGUCUAAUUGUUUAGUGUUAGCUGUAGUUAUUGUCAUACAAAUUAACAACUUAGUAAGUUAUACUGUGCUCAUAAAUGAUUCAAGAUGGUAACUUUUAUUCCUAUUGUACAUUUCCACUGUUUUUACUUGAAAAUAAAUUUAUUGAGCAGAAGAACUUUUUUUUCUCUCCACAGUGAGGACUAAAUUAACAGAUAUCAGAUUAAAUAUACUUUGGGGUGCAUUUUAAUAAAGAAAACAUUUGGCAAAGGUUACUGAUAUAAUUUAUGCUGAAAAGACAAAGCUAAGGCCCCAUUUUCUGUCUUGAUCCAUGAGGAAUGACAAUAUUGAUUAAAGGUGGCAAUUGCAGAAAGAAAGGCAUGAUAUCCACAGAAAUUUGUCAAGCACCAGAUUGGAGCUGACAAAUCAUUUCACCUUUUGUCAACAAUGAUUUAGUUGAAUGAUAGAAUUAACUAGAGGGGCAGAAUGGCCAACUCUGGUUCCUAUAACUUUCCAAAUGUAAUAGAAACUGGCAAGGUUGGUAAACUGCAAAUUAAAUUCUACCAAAUGUCUUGCCAUUUUCACACUAUUAUGCAAGAAAUAACUGCCAAAAAUGUCUACACUUAUCAGGUAAAUAUUACUAGAAUAUACUUACUUUGUUUAGCCUGUUGCACACAUUGCAAUACAAAUGCUUUAUAGAAUAAAUGACUUGGAUCAACAUCCUUGCAAAUAGUCCAACACUUGGUACAACAGACAUUAAUGGCUAUUCACCCUCUUAGCCAGAUCAUUAUCCACUCCUUUGUUUGUCCAUCUGUUCUUCUCUCUUUGGGCUCUAUCCCCACCUAUCGUUUACUCCUUACACCCUCCCGCAACUGUAUCUUUUGCACAUAAACCAACAUUUUCCUCGCAAUCAUCCAUUCUGAGAAAGGGUCACUCAACUCAAAAUGUUAAUUCUGAUUUCUCUCCAAAGAUGCUGCCAAACCUGCUGAGCUUUGCCAGCUCUUUCUGUUUUGUUUUUGUUUUUGAAAUAAGGUGUACUGUAUUUAAUUAGGAUAUACAACCUACUAAACUGCAGUGUAACUUAUUCUGGAAUGAUACAACUCUUUUCCAAAAGUUAGAACACUUCAUCGUUUGCUUUUGUUGAUGUGAAAAUGAAAGACAACACUUUUAAAAUGAAAAUUAUAAUUCUUUAUUUGGCAUGUUGGAAUCCUGUCACAAAGUUGAAAAAAUAAAGGUUAUGAAAAUAACUUGUAAAUAUACUGGAGGCCUUUUAUUACCCAUCCAAUUUAUUAGCUACAUUUUGACGAUAAAGUGGAUUACUGCAUUGUGAUGGUUUGGAAAAGACAUAAUUAAAUGGGAUAACAAAAUAAAUAAAGGAGAACAGGAAAGAAUUGUUAAGUAAGUAAUUAAAUGAGAGCAUUUGGAACUGCUGAAAUAUAAAGCGUGCAAUUCAAUUAAAGGGUUAAAGCGAAAAGCUGCAGAUGUGUUUGAAAUUCAAAUGAAGAUUAGUUCUCACAAAGACGUACUUAAAUUAAGUACCUAUGAUGUAGAUUGGUAUUAUUAUGGUACUAGAUUUGAUACAAUAAAAACUAUCUGUAGGAAUAAUGUUUGCUGUUUUUGGAAUUACAUAAUUGAAUAUGGUCAAAUAUGUAUGAUGAUUGGCAAGUUCCACAUGUUCCAUUGUGAAUUGAUCAGCAUAGUUUCUAUUUCAGACAUCCAAAACUCUUGAUUUGACUUGAAACUAAAGAAAUGAGAGAAUUCUAAUGAAUGUUGUGUAAUUCUGUUCUUAAGUUAGGACAUCUACAUAUGCCAGGAGUGAAUUAUGAAUGCAUUUUUCCCAAAUGGGAUUAAUAUUGUGCUCCACAUUUAUACAGAGCAAAUUAUUUGCAUAAUUUUAAAUAAAAUAUAAUAAAUGCUGUCUGAGAACCAUCAGAAUCAUGUAGAAAACUUCAAUACUUUCAUUGGUUACACCAAACAGUUUUCACUUGCCUCAAAAUUGUUUGAUGACUAGACUGAGAAUGCACUAAGUUGACUUUAAAAGGAUGGGCUUAGUGACUUGGAAAUUCAACAGCCUCAGGUAAUUGCAAAUUUUGGAAUAUUAAACAUUAAAGCAAAAAUAAAAUGACAACACCAUGGAUGAUUAUAAUGCUGAACUUCUUGUGUCAUAAUAGAUUUUGCUCAGUAAUGAAUAUACCAUUUCUGAUCUGCAUUUGCAAAACCAUUUAUGAGUGUUUCCUUGCAGCUUGUAUUAGCGAUCCUGAUGCUAAAUGUAUAAAUAAUUUCGAUCCAAUAAUGACUAACUUAUCAAGAAUUUACGAAUUUUGAAAAAGUGAGUUUUGCUUUUCUAGAGAAUGAGUUUUACAGUGGAUUAAAGUUUCACUCUUUUAUUGAAACGAAUCCCACCCAAACAGAAAUUUUUCAUUUUUUUGUGACUGCAGUGUUUCAAUGUGAAAUGACUGUGUUUCUGACUGUGAGGGUGGUGCAUUCAUGCGUGCAAAUCUGCCAGUAUUAUUUUUGUAUUAAUUGGUUGUCUUACUCGGGUCACAAGGCUGCUGGUAUGGAAAUGGCAAAAACAAAUUCUUUUGUAAGAAGAAUGUAAUGGUUAGUAAACCUAUAAUCUUUACAAAGUAUCAGUGAUAAUGGGAACUGCAGAUG